CUGCCGCGCGGCGGGGGCCGCUCCCUCCCUACGGCCCCGUGGGGCCGGCGGGGGAGCCGGGCAAAGUCCCCUCUGCUCGGAGCCCCGCUCGCCUGCUGCUGCUGGGGGGCGGAGGGCAGCAGGCGGGAGGUGGAGACGGAGGAGGGGUGAGACUUGAGGGGCCGGUCCCGGGAAGUGCUACGUGUCUCCCAAGUCUUUAUACCGCCUUGACCCCAGCGCCAGUCCUUGGAGCGCCGCCUGCCUCGUCCCUCGCCGCCAGCGCCAGCGCCAGCAGCACCAUGUCCGGGAGCAAGAAGCAGACGACGAAUAUCCAGAGAGCCACUAAUGUUGUAUAUCAAGCUCAUCAUGUCAGCAGGAGCAAAAGAGGCCAAGUUGUGGGUACAAGAGGUGGAUUUCGAGGCUGCACAGUGUGGCUAACAGGUCUUUCUGGUGCUGGUAAAACAACUAUUGGCUUUGCUCUGGAAGAAUAUCUGGUGUCUCGUGGCAUGCCUUGCUACUCUCUGGAUGGGGAUAACAUUCGGCAUGGUCUGAACAAAAACCUAGGUUUCUCAACUGAUGACCGAGAAGAAAACAUCCGCCGUGUUGCUGAGGUUGCCAAACUGUUUGCUGAUGCUGGUCUUGUUUGCAUAACUAGUUUCAUUUCUCCUUUUGCAAAGGAUCGUCAAAACGCAAGGGAAAUUCAUGAAAUGGCUGGUCUUCCUUUCUUUGAAAUCUUUGUAGAUGCUCCUCUAAAUAUUUGUGAAAGCAGAGAUGUGAAAGGCCUUUACAAAAAAGCAAGGGCUGGAGAAAUCAAAGGAUUCACUGGGAUUGAUUCAGAGUAUGAGAAACCAGAAUCUCCUGAACUAGUGUUGAAGACGAACAUUGCUACAGUGAGUGAAUGUAUCCAGCAGGUUGUGGAGCUGCUACAAGCACAAAACAUUGUUCCCAAAACUGUGAUUAAGGAUGUUCUCGAACUGUUUGUACCUGAAAAUAAGAUUGACCAGACCCGAGCUGAUGCUAACAUGCUGCCUACUCUGGAGAUUACCAAGUUGGAUCUACAGUGGGUCCAAGUCCUGAGUGAAGGCUGGGCCACGCCACUGAAAGGAUUUAUGCGUGAGACAGAAUAUUUGCAAGUUAUCCAUUUUGGCACCCUCAGGAAUGGAAGGGGUAGAGUUGGUAUAGCUCUAGUUGAUGGCGUUAUUAACCUGAGCAUUCCCAUUGUGCUCCCUGUUGCUACGGAAGAUAAGAAACGUCUGGACGACUGCACUGCAUUUGCACUUGAGUAUAAUGGCCAAAGGGUAGCAAUCCUCAGAAACCCAGAGUUCUAUGAACAUAGGAAGGAGGAGCGUUGUGCCCGUGUGUGGGGGACAACCUGUGUGAAGCACCCAUAUGUCAAAAUGGUGAUGGAAAGUGGGGAUUGGUUGGCUGGUGGUGAUCUUCUUGUGUUAGAGAAAAUAAAAUGGAACGAUGGACUGGACCAAUACCGCUUGACACCACUGGAGCUCAAACAGAAGUUUAAAGAAAUGAAUGCUGAUGCUGUAUUUGCAUUUCAACUGCGCAACCCUGUCCACAAUGGUCAUGCUCUGCUCAUGCAGGACACCAAAAGCCAUCUGCUGGAAAGAGGUUACAAACAUCCAGUGCUUCUGCUGCACCCUCUAGGAGGCUGGACCAAAGAGGAUGAUGUGCCACUAGAGUGGCGAAUGAAGCAGCAUGCAGCCGUGCUUGAGGAACAUGUCCUAGACCCAAAGUCAACUAUUGUUGCAAUCUUCCCUUCUCCCAUGUUGUAUGCUGGUCCAACAGAGGUUCAGUGGCACUGCAGGGCUCGAAUGAUUGCUGGAGCCAAUUUCUACAUUGUGGGCCGAGACCCUGCAGGCAUGCCCCAUCCAGAGACCAAGAAGGAUUUGUAUGAGCCGACACAAGGAGGGAAGGUCUUGAGCAUGGCACCAGGCCUGGCCUCUGUGGAAAUCAUUCCCUUCAGAGUUGCAGCAUACAAUAAAGUAAAAAAGGCCAUGAUUUUCUAUGAUCCAGAAAGGCAUGAUGAAUUUGACUUCAUCUCUGGAACACGCAUGAGAAAGCUUGCUCAGGAAGGCGAAAAUCCACCUGAUGGGUUCAUGGCCCCAAAAGCUUGGAAAGUCUUAACUGAAUACUACAAAUCACUGGAAAAAAAUAUUCAUUCUAUUUUUCCUCAAAAAUAUGUGUAUUAAGAAUGAGCUCUGAUUGAUUGACUGUAUUACAGAUCACUUAGUUUGCAUUUUCAAUACCCUAAUGCUAGGA